AGACAUUGUUUGGGGUGGUGACUGUGUUUCAGUACUGUGCUGUUUCAGUAUAGGAAAUUCGUGGUUGCGCUGCUCUGUAAGAAUAUCAAUCAGUGAACAUGACAAAAGAAGAGAUCAUUAUCAAGCCCACUGUGGAAGAGGUCACGAAGGAGUUGGCUGCCUUAGUGGAAAAUGAAGCCAAAGCAGCCAUUGAUAGCAGAGGAAAGUUUGUCAUUGGAUUGUCUGGUGGCAGUCUGGUGAACUUCCUCGUGGCCGGCCUGCCAUCAAUCAGCACUGACUGGUCGCGCUGGCACGUGAUCUUCUGCGAUGAGCGCCUGGUGCCCGAGGACAACGCCGACUCCACCUUCGGCGUGUACCGGCGCCACCUGCGCGACCAGGGCGGCGCGCUGCCGCUAACCGAGGCGCAGUUCGUGCGCGUCGACCCGGCGCUGGCGCCGGCGGCCGCCGCCGCGCAGUACGCCGCCCAGCUGGAGGCCUUGCUCGGCGCCGGCACGCCGCGCUGCGACCUGCUGCUGUUGGGCAUGGGUCCGGACGGGCACACGUGCUCGCUGUUCCCGGGCCACGCGCUGCUGCAGGUGACGGACCGCACCGUGGCCGCCAUCACCGACUCGCCCAAGCCGCCGCCGGCGCGUGUCACGCUGACGUUCCCCGUGCUGAACGCGGCGCGCGCCGCCGUGUUCGCCAUGGCUGGAGCUGGCAAGGCGGACAUGGUGCGCCGCGUGCUGCGCGCGCGCGAGCCGCUGCCGGCGGCGCAGGUGCGGCCGGCCGACGGCCGCCUGGUCUGGAUCCUGGACCAGGCGGCCGCCGCGCACCUGUAGCCGUUCGGGCAGCGUCCCGGGGCGGCUGCACUGCGGCGGGGACCGCGGCCUCCUCUGCACAGGUGUAGCGGGCGAUGGCGCCACGUCCGCCCCGCGCCUCUGGUGGAGUCACGGUUCGGCACCGGAUCACUCGUGCACGGCUGUAGGCAUCGUGAGCACGUCUCCUCCGCACGGGUUCAGGGUAUAGGGGAUGUUUGCCGCACAUGGCUGUGGUGCUCUGACGCCGACGCCGCCUCUGUGCUUAACGCGUGUUGAACGAGCAUCGUGACAAGCUGGCUGGGAGCUCGGUUACCGACUCCCGGUUAUUGCUCGGCUGCAGUAUAUCUCGCGAGGUGCCGGUACUGGCGUGCCGUCCAUGCCGGAUUGGCCAGGGCGGUCGCCGUCUCUCGCACAGCCUAUUUGAUGAUCGGAGCUUUUAUACAUUAGCGUGUAGAUAGUGACAGGUAUCGGGCGAACAUAUAACUUGCCGCUGAAGAGGCGGCUUUGUGGAUCUUUUACUCUUGCUUUUAUCCUCAAAUCCGUGAGUGUCCGGCCUUUGGUGUGAGGUUGCACAGCGCGAAUGUGAUGAAAUACAUUCCAGCGUUUUGUUAGAACGUAGGCUUAUGUAUCCUAGAGGUGAUUUGGAGAAUAUUAUCUCGACUUGGAUACUGGCUUAAGCCAUCCAUGCUACCGUGAUAUGUCUUGUCAGGUUUACCUGUCUAUUUUUCCGUGCUGGGCCUUGUUCGUACAAAUAUAAACCCACGAACA